AUGGCGCAUAUCAAAGACCUACCGUUCGGGCUUCUCGAAAACAUCUUCCUUCAGCUCUUUCUCAUGAUCGAAGAGGAGCCAGUGCCGCCAGAAGUACCUUUCUGGAUUGCACAGACAAUGUGCCCGAGGGUCGAACAAGACCGCCAGUUUGAGGACCUGGUCAAUACCUGCGAAAUCUGGAAGACUACCAUUAUGCAAAUUGAAUUCGAGCUUCGGUAUAUCCCGUUUCGUGGUUCUUGCUACAGACUAUUCCACAGAGACAAUGACCACUACUACUUCGAUGAUGUGCCGAAGAAGCGGUACCAUGUUCUCAGAAACGAAGCAGAGGAGGACGAAGAGACGACUUGGUGA